UGUACAAUUGAGUGCUAUAAGUAUGUACUACAUGGACGUGAGAAAUAUAUUCUUCACGUCCAUGUAUGAGUACGUACGUACGUACAAUUGAUACGUAAUCGACAUCUCUAUGAGAUCAUAUUGAACUGGCAUCCGUAUGCGCAACCGUUAAAUGUAGAUUGGUAGCAACACCAGUUCCCUCGACAUUUACCGUGUGGCUCCUUGUCUGCUGUCAAUUCGUAUUGGUAGAGAUUUUAAACCAUUUAAAAACUGUCCUCGAUUGAUUGGUAACGUAAAUCCGUUCAUGCAUUUCUUCGGUUUUACUCAAAAUUCGACGUAUAUUAUCACACUGAGUAUGAUCGCGAUUAUAAAUCGUCAAUGUGGUCGCGAUGAUGAUAACCUCGAAUUUUUUCGUUCUCUUGAAACGGUCCCUUUUGAGCGCGGUUAGUUAAUUUCAAGGCGAAUACAACUGGCUUAAUACACAUUCAAAUUUACUAGAAUGACCCUCACCCGGGGGUUGGGUGUUUUUGUCAGCAAAGUGAACAAAGUCAAGGAUAAACUAUUCUCUACGAAGAACUUAUUCUACACAAAUAUUGCCAUUUCGAUCUCCUUAUCCGGCGUAGGAGACACGCUGGAACAACACUAUGAGAUUCUCCAGGGUGACUGGGAAAAAUGGAGUCCAACUCGAACAAGGCAUAUGGCUAUAUCUGGCAUGUCAGUUGGCAUAGUAUGUCAUCACUGGUAUAAAUAUUUGGACCGAAAGAUGCCAGGUCGGAGCAUAGGUAUUGUGUUGAAAAAAGUUUUCGUUGAUCAAAUGGUCUGCUCUCCUCUCUGCAUAGCAAUGUUCUUCGUCACUCUUGGAAUCUUGGAGAGAACCACUUGGCCGGAAUUCAAACAGGAAAUAAAAGACAAGGCCUAUAGACUGUAUGUUGCUGAAUGGAUUGUCUGGCCACCAGCCCAGAUAUUCAAUUUUUACUUCCUUCCUACAAGGUUCAGGGUACUCUAUGACAAUACCAUAUCGUUAGGAUACGAUGUUUAUACGAGUCAGGUGAAACAUGAUAAACCAAAAGCUGAGUUAAAAAACGUUCCAUGAUGAAGGUUUGUCAUUAGCACAUUUAAUACUAGGCAAUUUCUCUGGUUUUUUAAGUAAAAUGCCGAAAAAAUAAAGGCCGGUAUGGUCAAAUAAUAAGCUCUACAUGAGGGAAUAGUUAGUUCAUUUGUAUAUUGGAUUUUAGCUAGAAAAAUGGGCGUGUAGACAUUUAGAUGGCAAAACAUGAGGAGCGAUCAAGUAAUCGAUAGACUGUACAUAAAACACAAGAAGCAGAAAUGUUUUUGUACAUGAUAUGUGAUUGGAUAAGAUAAUUAAUUCAGUGUUUCACAUUUUCUCGUCUCUGAAGUAGACCUAAUAAAUUAUUUACAUAAAA